AUGAGUGCGAAGAGAAAAAGUCACCAGCCAAGCAAGAGUGAAACCGACGCUCCAGGGACUGUUGGCAUCUUUACCGACGUGCUAAACUCGAUCACUUCAUUGUUUGCCUCAGAUACCCCUGAGUUAGCUUCGAAUAGAAAAAGGAUAGAGAAGGUGUGCCGCUGUUUUGUUAUCAACAAUGAAAGACUUGAACAAGUAAUGGCAGCAUUAGAGAAAUGUAUGGACGAAGGACUAUCAAAAGAAUCCGGUGACAAAUCGGUUCUGAAGAUGCUACCCACCUACGUACGUGCAGUACCGAACGGUGAAGAAAGUGGCGAAUUUCUUGCAUUGGAUCUCGGCGGCACACAUUUCCGUAUACUCUAUAUAAAGCUUAAUGGGAGAGAGGCCGAAAUGACCGGAAAGAUAUACCAUGUAUCAGAGAAGAUGAUGAACGGAGAUGGAUAUAUUUUAUUCAGUCAUAUUGCCGAAUGUAUUGCGAAAUUUGUGGAAGAGCAGGGGGUUCCCUCCACAAAAAAGCUUCCUCUCGGCUUCACAUUUUCAUUUCCCUGUAGACAACAAGGUUUGACAAGUGGUAGACUAAUUACCUGGACGAAAGGAUUUAAUCUAACAGGUUGCGAGGGAGUUGAUAUUUGUGCAAUGUUAAAAGAUGCAUGCAAUAGACGGAACGACAUCUGUAUAGAUUUUGUGGCUCUCCUCAAUGACACUGUGGGAACAUUAAUGGCUUGCGCAUUCAAAGAAAACACAUGUCAGAUAGGAGUGAUUGUUGGGAACGGUACGAACGCUUGCUAUAUGGAACAGCUUGAUAAGGCUCCAAAACUUCAAGCAGAACUGGCUGACGAUGGAUUUCCUGACGAGAUCAUUAUAAAUACAGAAUGGGGUGCAUUUGGUGAUGACGGUGCUUUGAGAUUUAUUUACACAAAAUUCGACAAGCAAGUGGAUCUCGGCACAAUAAAUCCUGGAAAACAAAUUUUUGAGAAAAUGAUUGCUGGAAUGUAUAUGGGAGAGUUGGUCCGAGUGGUUCUGGAAUCAAUAGCAAAGGAAGGCCUCAUUUUUGGAGGAGAUUUGGAGGCAAUUUCAAGAAAAGGAUGUUUUAAGACGAGAUAUGUGUCUGAUAUUGAAAGCGAUCUUGUUGGAGAAGAUGAGAAAACUUUUCAAUGCACUCAUCAGAUACUAUCUGAACUUGGAGUGAAGAAUUUAAGUCGUGCCGAUUGUGCAAAUGUCGCUUAUGUGUGCAGUAUGAUAAGUUCUAGAUCUGCACACCUUUUGGCUGCAUGUAUUGCAACCCUCAUAAACAGAAUGCAGCGACCUCUUGUAACUGUAGGAAUGGAUGGUUCCGUGUACCGUUAUCAUCCUAUUUUCCCGAAACUACUUGAUGACAAGAUAGCGGAGCUUAUUGAUGAGAAUCUGCGAUACAAGUUAAUGUUAUCUGAGGAUGGAAGUGGAAUUGGUGCGGCCGUGGUAGCUGCAGUAGCUACACGCAUGAGAGAACAAAAAGAGAGUAAAGAAGAAAAUGAAGAAGAAGAAGAAGGAAAAUGA